UUAAAAGGACAACAAAAAUACAGAGCAACAAUUAAACGAUCAUCCACAAUAGAACUAGCACGAGCAACAAGCAUCACAAAUAUCACAAGAAAAAAAUAUAAAUUGUCACAAAAAGAACUCGAAGCACAAAUUCAAGAAGCAAAGAAUAAGAUUCAAGACCUCAAAGCACAAAUUCAAGAAUCAAAGAAUAAGUAUUUUGUUCUACAAAAAGAACUUGCCAAGUUACAACAUGAGAAGGUGGAAAACGAAGAAGAAAUUAAAAGAUUAAAAAUAGAAAUUAACGAAACAAUCGCUGCUAGAAAUCAA